AUGGGACGAACUGAACCCUCAGUCGGUAGACCACCCGCUAGCUUCCGUCGCGAUGCCCGUGCGAAAAGGGCUAAAGCAACUAUUAAUAAAGUUAUACCGCCCCAACUAGCGGCGCAUCCGCGGGCUCGCCGGGGGAUCGAAGCUUCAGAGUUGAUUGUUGAUCCCCCUUCUCCACAAUCGUCUACUCAAGCUCCCGGUGGGACGCGACAGCAUACCCGUCGGAAAUCUACCGUGGAUGAGGGUCAUGACGGGGCCGGAGAACAAGGAGAGAAGGACAGAAGCAAAGGCCCUCGUAUCUCGUUAUGCGUCGCAGAUACCCUAGAAGCAGCAUACUCCCUACUCCUCGUCCCGGGCCACGAACCAGAGCAGCGGCGAGAUCUCUCCAACACGACAGCUCGUGUUGGCGUGUUGAAUAUGGCGUCGCCAUUAUCUGGAGGCGGUGGGUUUCUAAACGGCGCAUCGAGCCAAGAAGAAUCUCUGUGUAUGCGCUCGACGCUUCUCCCGUCCCUACGGGAUGAAUUCUACCGUCUUCCUGAGCUCGGUGUUGUCUUUACGCCUGACGUGCUGGUGUUCCGUGGUUCUGGUAGCGAGCCUCAGGGUAAGAAAAAAAGGAGCGGGGAAAAGGUAAGGGAUGAUGAGGACGAGGAUAGAGAUGAGAUAGGGGUAAAAGAUACGGGGACAGGGCGGGGAGGCGAAGAGGAAGAGCUCCUAUCGAAACGCGAUCGUUGGUUCGUCGAUGUCGCAUCUGCGGCCAUGAUACGAAUACCUGAAAUCGAGGUCGACGAAGAAUCUGGAUUUGCCCGGUAUGCUAGCGCUGCGGACCGCGAACUAGCCGUGCGUAAGAUGCGCGCCGUGCUACGUGUAUUUACUGCUAAAGGGGUGCGCCGGGUUGUGUUAGGUGCAUGGGGAUGUGGCGCAUACGGUAAUCCUGUCGGCGAGAUUGCGAAGGCAUGGAAGAAAGUCCUAAUUAGCGGGAGCAGGAACGGGAAUAAAGGAGAGAAUGGUCAGCAAAAGAGGAAAGGGAAAGGGAAAAAAAAGGAGUCAGAUUCAGACUCAUGGGAAAGCUUCGAGCACGUCGUCUUCGCGAUCAAAGACCCGGGGAUGGCUCAGGCGUUCGCAACGGCUUUUGGUGAGGAGUUUCUCGAAGUAAAUAAUUCUUUUGGGGGAGAAGGUAAUAUUGGUAGUGAGGAUGGAGAGGACGAUGAAGAGAAUGCUAAUAUGAAGGAGCUCCGUGAUAAGAUUCGGGAGCUAGAGGUGCGCGCCGGACAGGCACAGACGCCUCAGCUUCGAGCCGGGCUUAGUUCGGUACUCGCUGGAUUAAGGAGUCAAUUACCAGAUUCUGAUGAUGUUUCCUCCCGGGCGGACCCUGUAGAUAGUCGAGGUGACAGGGAUGAUGAAAGUGAGAGCGAGGGUGAUGACGAGUCGACCAAAAGAGAGUCGGGGAGCGAGAUGAAAACCGAAGCGGGCAUUAUAACGAGAGUUAAAAUUUAA